UAAUAUUUCAAUUGUUCAAACCAUUUGAUUCAGUCUGUUUUUCUCUCUCUCGACUCUACUCGACUCCUCAAAUCCUUAUCAAUGGCAUCCUUACAAGGCUCGCUAUCUGCUGUCUCUACAAUCCGUUCCUGUUGUUCGUCGUCUUCCUCCGUCUCAUCUACCACAACUUCCCUCCCCAUGUUUCCCGACACCGACCGAAGAAGCUCCGCCGCCUGCCGCCGACUCCGACGGAGAUUGACUUGCAGAGCAAUGGUCCAGCAGGCUGUACAGGGAGGAGCUCCAGCUGCUUACGCCAAAGAAAUGGAGAGGCUAUCCGCUAAAGAAUCCCUUCUUCUUGCUUUUAAGGAUUCUGGGGGUUUUGAGGCUUUAGUAUCUGGAAAGACGAGUGAUUUGCAGAGAAUUGAUGUGAAUGAAAGAAUUACCGGCCUUGAGCGGCUUAAUCCGACGCCUCGUCCAACGACGUCGCCAUUCUUGGAGGGUCGGUGGAGUUUCGAAUGGUUUGGGUCUGGAAGCCCAGGUUUAUUUGCUGCCAAAUUCAUAUUCGAGAGAUUUCCCUCAAAUUUGGCUAACUUGUCGAAAAUGGAUAUGGUGAUCAAGGAUGGAUAUGCAAGAGUUACGGCAAACAUGAGAGUUUUAAACUCGAUAGAAACCAAGUUUACUCUGUCAACAAAAUUGACUGUUGAAGGACCACUUCGAAUGAGAGAGGAAUACGCAGAAGGGGUUUUUGAGACACCAAAGGUUAUUGAAGAAACGGUGCCAGAACAGUUUAAAGGUGCACUUGGUCAGGCAGCAAACACAAUACAGCAACUUCCUGUACCUGUUAGGGAUGCUUUCACUAGUGGUCUGAGAGUUCCUUUGAGUGGAACUUUCCAGAGACUAUUCAUGAUCUCCUAUCUUGAUGAUGAGAUACUUAUAACAAGGGAUACUAGUGGAGUUCCUGAGGUUCUUACAAGGUUAGAUGUACCCUCAUCACCCUUGGCUGACACCAUGACAGAAUAUGAGAGCUAGAGAUCCUUUUGUCUAUGAAAUUGUAAAUUUUUAUUUUCUCUUCAAUUACAAAUCUGAUUCUCAUUUGAUCUUCCUCCUUCUCUCUCUCUCUCAAAUGAGUUGGCUACUGAUUUUCUCGUUUUUUCUUUCUCUUGUAUUCUAAUACUUUGUUGUGAGAAAGAAAAGAAGAAAAUCUUACGAUGUUUCAUAUGUCAGUGAAACUUUUCAUGGCUGCGGAAUAUAAGUCAGAAAUAAAUUUAGAACUUGAUUUGUUUGACAA